GAACUGAACCAACCCCAGUGAAUGGGUGGGAUCUGUCCAACACUUCGAUAGCCACGUAGCUAGCUACCAGCGUUAGCUUCGCAGCUAACGUCAGCGGGCGUUACAAUGGAUUUGCCACAUCAGGGAUACCGAGCAUCUAAACAGAGGGGUCGUACCGCUCCCUCCACAGCAGAUUCUGUCCUUUUCGAUGAUACCAGCUCUGCAGCACCAGCAAUGAACAGUCAAGGAUACUACACUCCUGGGUACAAUAUGGCAGGACCCUCAAAUGACAUGCAGGGAGACGCUGGAGUGAACAACCUGUUUGCCGACCCAAUGGCAAAUGCUGCAAUGAUGUACGGCUCGUCCUUGGCCAACCAAGGAAAGGAUAUAGUAAACAAAGAGAUCGGAAGAUUCAUGUCUGUGAACAAGCUGAAAUACUUCUUUGCCGUCGAUACCCGAUAUGUACUGAAGAAACUCAUGAUCCUCAUGUUCCCAUAUACACAUCAGGACUGGGAAGUCCGUUACCACCGGGACACUCCACUAACUCCAAGGCAAGAUGUAAAUGCGCCUGAUCUUUACAUACCAACAAUGGCUUUCAUUACCUACAUUUUACUCGCUGGGAUGGCCCUCGGCAUCCAGAAAAGGUUCAGUCCAGAGGUUCUCGGUCUUUGUGCCAGCACUGCCCUCGUGUGGAUCAUCAUUGAGGUCUUGGUGUUGCUGCUGAGUUUGUACCUGAUGACUGUGCACAGCGACCUCUCCACCUUUGAUCUCAUCGCCUACAGUGGAUACAAAUACGUUGGGAUGAUCUUCACAGUGUUGUGUGGCUUACUGUUUGGCAGUGAUGGGUAUUAUGUGGCCCUCGCCUGGUCCUCUUGUGCCCUUAUGUUCUUCAUUGUUCGAUCUCUGAAGAUGAAGAUCCUUCCCUCUCUCUCCUCUGACACAAUGGGAACUGGAUCAAGUGCCAAACCUCAGUUCCGCCUUUAUAUCACCAUGGCCACUGCAGUCUUUCAGCCAAUCAUUAUAUACUGGUUAACCUCUCACUUGGUCAGGUGACCUCGAGGCAUUUAAUAACCCAAAAGUCCAUGUGUACUGGACCCAAAAAAACGUGGUUGUUGAAUAUUUGUACAAUGACCUUUAUACACUUUUGUCAGUACGUUCAGAACACAUGGAGACAGAGUUGAGCUGCAGCGUGUGUGCGGCAGCUCGUCAGAUGUCAAUAAUGCAGUUGUUUUAUUGAUUUAACAAGUGAGAGAGAAAAAUGCCUCCCUGGAAGACUCUUGUUUUACGCAACUCUGCCACCUGCUUAUUUUUGGCCACUGACAUUUGAAGACAAGGGAUUUAAUUUUGAUCAUAAAUUGGUUUCAGUUUGUGUUUUAUUAUUUACAGUAUAAAUUUACUGUCCGUGCUUUCCAGUAUAUACAUGUCACUGCCAGACAGAACACACACCACACACAGACAUGAUUCAAGAAGUACCUUUUUUUUGGUAUGGUAAUGUUGCUGCAUUACCUCCCCUCUCCUGUAAAGCCUUGUUUUUAUUUAUCUACAUUUGACAAAGCAUGGCAAUGUUUGGAACUUUUGUAGGGGAAAAAAAUAAAUAUAUUUAGCAUUGUUGGAUUCAGCUUUAACAGUUCGAGACAUGUUUUGUGGGUUUUUUUAUGCGUGUGAUUUCCUUUCCAUGCAACGUCAAUAUGCAGAUGUUUUUGUGAGAAUUACUGUUCUGAUUAUUUCUGUGGCGUUAUAUUUUGUGCAAAAAUAUUUCACAGGCCAAUUUAAUCAUUUAUACUUAAACCUUUUUAAAGGGAUUAAGUAUUUGUAACAAAUUUAUUUAUUCUGCAUAUAAUUGAGUUAUUGCACUUGUGAGUGAAGAUAUUUCAUUCAGAUAAAAGUGGCAGUACAACAGUGUCGAAAUAUAUUUACAGGUAAAAUUCAUGCUUUUAAAAUUAUUGUUACAUGCAUAUUGCAGGAAAUGGCACAAAACCAUGAGUAAAAAGCCAGUUUUAGUGACUUUCAUAAACAAUUCAGUAUAUUAUUUUUAUAGGGGAUGCAUGAUAUUGGACUUUUUGCUCAUGUGUCAGGAGUGCUUGGACACAUAAUCCAUACCAUAUCUACUAAUUUCCUUUUGCCUAACUGCAGAGAUCAUUGAGUCCCUUCUAGAGUGAAAGUAUCAUAUUUUUCAUACAUAUGUCGCAGCAGAUGUGGAUGUGAAGUACAUUUAUUGUGCAAAAUAAAUAAUCAUCAAAAAAUAAUAGCUGUAGGCGGUGCUAGCAUUGAAGUCGAGGAGGAUGCAGCUCUUUCAGCCUACUAUUUUAGUCAAUAGUCAUAUUGGUAGAUCUUGGCGUGUUUGCCGAUACCCGGUUACACAUUUUAUCUGCUUUAAAAUACCGAUAUUGUGCUGAUAAUAUUGUGCAUUCCUACAUUUUGAUAACUUGGGAUGAUCUUUUAUCACACUUCAGAUGAUGGUAACUAACAAGUCAAUAAUAAAUGGUAAAUGUUU